UCCAUGCUGUGCUCAAAGGAACACUUCUCAUAGUGGUAUCCCCUGAAUCCCUUUUAGCCCAUCUUUCAUUCUAAUAUUUCUAUAUAUCCCCUGUUUUUUUUUCCUUCUUACCUUACAAAACAAAUCAUGGAGUUACAAAAUAUUGCUCACUCACUAGAACUUGGAUUCUCCAAUAGCAAUAUUGAAAUGAUACCAUUGCAACCACCACUCCAUAACUCCAAUUACCUAAUGACUUCUCCUCCAUCUAAUUUCUCAUUCAUGGGCAAUCCAAUUGAAGAGCCCGCCGCGAUGCCAAUACUUUCAUCGAUCGAUGAAAUUAUUGCAUCGGCGUCUCAUGGUAGUGGAAAUGAUUACUCGUGUUUACAGAGGAGAAAUUCUAUGGAGGCUAUGAGGGAGAUGAUUUUUCGUAUCGCGAUGAUGCAGCCGAUUCACAUUGAUCCCGAAUCAGUUAAACCUCCCAAGAGAAAAAAUGUUAAGAUAUCGAAGGAUCCACAGAGUGUGGCAGCUAGGCAUCGGAGGGAACGAAUAAGCGAAAGGAUAAGGAUUUUGCAAAGACUAGUCCCUGGAGGAACUAAAAUGGAUACUGCUUCAAUGUUAGAUGAGGCUGUCCAUUAUGUUAAGUUUUUAAAGAAGCAACUUCAAUCUUUAGAGCAAGCCGCGGUUAAUAAUAGGCCGAUGAUUUCUGGAUUUUCAACAGCAAUGUCAUCGUCAGGGCCAAUGAAUUAUAAUUCAAGCUCUAUUAGGGCAUGCCAGCCUCAUCCAUCCAUGAACUCUAGUGCACAAAAUGCUUAGUUAAAAUAAAAUCAAAUAACAUAUGUACACGGCGUCCUGAUCAUGAUCAUGCUA